AUGAUUGGUAUAGAUUAUUGUGGUCCAUUUAAACAAACCCCUAGUGGUAAUCAGUACGUAUUAUGUAUGACCGAUUAUUUUACCCGGUGGGUGACAGCAAUUGCAUUACCAGAUUGCUCCGCACAGACAACAGCUCAAGCAAUUUUUACAGCAUAUAUUUGUCGAUAUAGUGUACCAUUAUCUAUAUUAUCAGAUCAAGGUACUCAUUUUCGAAAUCAGCUUAUGGAUUCUAUGGCAAAAUUAAUUGGUUAUCAUCACAUAUUUUCGACUGUUUAUCAUCCGCAAACGAACAGAAUGGUUGAACGUUUUAAUGCAACAUUUGUUUCUCAACUUGCUAAACUUCAAGAUCGUGAACAUAAUAAUUGGGAUGAAUAUUUAUUACCCAUUAUAUUCGCUUAUAAUACGGAAAUACAUACAACGACUCAAUAUUCAACGUAUCAAUUACAAUUCGGACGUGAACCACGUUUACCUACUUCGGAACCCUCAACAUCGUUCAUAUUUAAUAAACCUAAUGAUUAUUAUGACCAACUUAAAAAAAGUUUACUGAUAAUCCAACGACAAGCACAUGGACAUAUCAUUAAUCGUCAACGACAAUACAAAAUUCAUUAUGAUAAACAACGUCCUGAUUCUCAUUAUAAAGUUAAUGACUUCGUAUUAAUUAAGAUUCAUGGAUUAAAAAUAAAAUUAGAACCAAAAUAUUCGAUUACACCAAAAAUUAUUAUUAAAGAACAACAUCCUAUGUAUUGGGUCAAAGGUGAACGUACACAAAUUGAAUCUCGAGUACAUGUUCAUGAUAUUCGACCAAUUAUUAUUUAA